AUGAUGGCCGUCGAGCGUACAUACCAGAAGCUGGACAGAGAGACUCACAUCCCGGCUGUAUGGGCUGACUGCCUGGAAGACAAAGUCAAACUCAGGGUAAAAACAACAGUUGGAGAAUGGGCCAACAUCCUAAUGAUGCCAUCCUACCACACCCUAGCAACUUAUCAGCCCCUGACCAGCAAGUUCAGAUCUGCUUAUGUUGGAGUUGUGCAUGAUGUGAUGUUAAGAAGACUAAAGAAAGCUGCAUACAAGUAUGCACAAGAGAUCGAGCGACAGGUUGAUGAGCUGUCAGCCGAGGAAGAAGAGGAAGAACCUCCACUGCCGUCAGCACCACGCUCCACAAGCAAGCCUAUAGGGAAAAUGUCUGAACAACACACGGCAUCCAGCCCUGAAGCUGAUGUUUUUUUGAUGGCUGAUUGGGGUUGGAUCACUUACACAGUGCUGGAAGUGUUCAUUGCUGUGGCGUGUUGCCUUGGGAAUGUAUUGGUGGUGUUUGCGGUGGCUGUUGGUAUCCAAGACUGUCUUCGGAAGCCAACGUUCUGCUUCUUGGUGUCCUUGGCUGUUGCUGACUUUUUGGUGGGUGCAGUUGCGGUACCUCUAGCUGUACUGUUGGACGGCUGGGUGAGUUUGACCUCUCACCAGUGCUUGUUCCUUAGCUGUGUCGUGCUCGUGCUGACGGAGGCCUCCGUCCUCUCGCUGUUGGCUAUUGCCAUUGACCGAUACCUGCGUCUGCACAUGCCUUUCAGAUACAAAGUCAUUGUCACUCCGAGGCGCACACUGUUAGUUGUGUCUGUCUGCUGGAUACUUUCCUGUCUAUUGGGUUUCACCCCUUUGUUUGGAUGGCACAAUCUUUCCGUUGUAGGCUAUUAUUCCAACAACACACCUUCUACCUCGCCCAACUCUUCCCAAUGCACCUUCCUUUCAGUUAUCUCCCUGCCCUUUAUGGUUUAUUUCAACUUUCUUGGAUGUGUAAUGGCUCCUCUACUUGUCAUGAUGUUUCUAUACAUCAUCAUCUUCUGGAGCCUGCACAAACGUCUGAUGAACAGCUGCCCACUAGCACGGGCCUCACUGCUCAGGGAGAAGAGGCUGGCCUGCUCACUUGCUCUGGUACUCACGUUGUUUGGAUGCUGCUGGAUUCCUCUACACCUGAUGAACUGUCUUCUGCUAUUCCAGGGACCUCAAGCGGUGAUGCCAGGAAUGCUUUAUACAGGCAGGUAUUCUCCUGUCUCAUGCCAACUCAGCAGUCAACCCUGUGAUCUACGCUUGCCGCAUUCCCAAGAUCCAGAAGGCCUACAAUCAAAUUUGGAAGCGUCUCGCAUUGAAGUUCAAUUGUUUCACCAGAAAUAGGCCAAUUCAGCAAUCUAUUACAAGUCAUUAAUCCACAAAGAAAUGCAAAUGUGUAUAUGCAGAAAAUGAAAAUGGUCACUGUUUGUGGUAUUUUGUCAAAAGCUGUACGCUAUCAUUCUACAGCAUUAAUGAUUCCUGCUAAUAUUACAUUUAAAUGUGUGGGAAUGAAGAAUGCUUACAAAGUUCCCCAUAACACACAACACUUGUUUUAAUGUAGGCUUUAUUUUAGUCAGAGCAGUUUAUUAAAACGCCACUAGAGGGGACCAUACAUCAACAAACCCAAUAGUUGCUGUUGAGAUAGAAUCAGAAUUGCAGUGUGUGUGUGUGUGUGUGUGUGUGUGUGUGUGUGUGUGUGUGUGUGUG